CUUAUCCUUCUCCCCUUCAUCAAUUGCAAAAGAUGCGGUCACAGACAUUGUUUGCGGUCUUGAUGGCCUUGAUGGCUUUAAUGGUCUCGCAAGCUGAUGGUUUGUACUUUUAUCUAAAUCCAAAAGAAACCCAAUGUUUCUACGAAGAAUUACCAGCGGAUACAGUUGUUGUUGGACACUAUAUGGCGGAAACGUGGGAUAAGGAUAACCACGUCUUUCACAUCAAUGAAGAUCUAGGUAUCAACAUCGUUGUCAGAGAGGUCAAAGAAGAACAUUUGGUCACUUCUACUCUAGGACCCGCCGAAGGAAAGUUUGCCUUUACAUCACAUGAAGCUGGAGAUCACUCUAUUUGCUUAAGCACCCGAUUAACCACAAACGAAGCCGCAAGACUUCCAAUGGACGAACAUCAUCAUCAAGUUCGAAUGCAUCUAGACAUCAUCAUCGGUGAAGCAAAGCCCGAUAACUCUCAUGCGGAUCGUGCACAUAUUCGUGAUCUUGCUUCUCGUGUUCAAGAUUUGAACGAUAAAUUACGUGAUAUUCGUAAAGAACAACAAUUUCAACGUGAACGAGAGAUUGACUUUAGGAAUGCAAGUGAAAAGACAAAUACUCGUGCUUUGUUUUGGAGUAUCGUACAAGCUGUUGUCUUGGUAGCCACAUGCGCAUGGCAAGCAACACAUUUGAGAACUUUCUUCGACCACAGAAAGAUUCGAUGAAUACUACACUGUUUUCCCUCUGCCUCAAUCAUAUGUACCAUGUAGCAUUAUUAGCACAAUUUAUCAAUCCUUUCCACAACCUCA